GUUGUGGCUAACUUUAAAUUUGCAUUUUUUUGGUAAGCGGAGCGUGUCGCGCCGUGCAGCCUGAAAUGAGAUCCAACCCGUUCUCCGGCAAAUCAACCUGCUCUCCGACAGCCGACGCGGACUUUUCAGCGUCUCAACACGGCUCGGAGUCAGAGACCCGUCCGAGCCAGCCGACCAUGAAGGGGGUAAUAUUUAACCCGCCGCCUAAGAUCCACAGGAACCCCCCCACGGACUCCUCGGUCACGGAUGACUCAGCCGUGGAGCCUGGUCGCCUCGACACAUCCCUGCUCAGACCGACGACCGGCGACGCUCCCUGCGAAACGACGUGGCCGCCGCCCGGAGCAAAGAUGCGGAUCUCCAAGGCCAACAAGGGCGCGGUGGUGGUGCGAGGGCCCCGGCGGCAGCCCUCCCCGCUGGCGGCCAGCCUGGAGGAGGUGUGGAGCCCCAGGGCGCAGCCGGAGGAGAAGCCCCGGAGCCCCGAGAGGAGCGAAGCGGCUAAAAACGGGGGAGAAGGAAGCGGCGGAGGGCCAGCGCGCAGCAGGAAGAGCCGCUUCCGGGCCCCCGACGUGAGGACCAUCUUCUCCCCCGGAGAAAGGGACCCGAGGGUGAAGGAGGAGACCGGGGAGGGACACAACUUCGAGCCCGGAGGCGAGAACAACUGGUGCGACGUGUGCUGCAAAUACAUCCUCCAGAACGGACUCACCUGUGCAGGUUGUAAAUAUGCGUGUCAUGCUGAGUGUCGAGAGAGAGUUUCACUGGACUGUCAGCCGUUAGAGUCCCCCCUCCAUCAAGACCAGCUGAACAACAACACGCUGCUACAUAGAGCUGUGUAA